AUGCGUUUCUUCGCCCUUGUCGCCCCUCUCCUCUCGCUGGCAGCUGCUGCUCCUACCUUGGAUGUGGCAGAGGGAAGCAUCAAUGAGCUCCUUAAGCGAGGCGAUGGCUCGGGCGUCCACCUCGUGAACUGCGAUGACUUUGGAGGCGAGGGUACAAUUGUCCCCAAGAGCUCCCACGUUGUUUUCUGUGACAAUGAUAGCAACUGCAACUUCUCGCCCUCCGGUGACAACAUCUGCACGAUGGGACAGAACUUCUGGUUCACGUGGGAGGGCCAAGCUCAAGCCUGCACAUUCUCUUCUGGCGCUCGGUUUUCUUGGUUCAUCAACAGCAACGCACAGUCCCAAGCCAACUUUGCACAUGUUGGCGAUGGUGGCAACCAGUUCCGAGCCUACGCUGGUUUCAAGGACGACAAGCACACCAUGUUCUUCAGGGGAAGUGGCCAGUGCCAUUCUAUCUACUACUUUGUUUAA